CCCCGGCCGGUUACACGAUGGGCGGGGGCCACAGUCCCCUGAGCAGAAAACUUGGCCUCGCCGUCGACAACGUGCUAGAGAUAGACGCCGUCACUGCCAAUGGGGACAUCGUCCAUCUCACCCCUUCGGGGACCACCUCAGUGAACGCCGAUGGGGUCGUGUCUCUGACGGCGGAUACAGACUUGUUUUGGGCUCUUCGUGGAGGAGGCGGCAGCACCUUCGCAGUGGUGACACGGUUCAAGUAUAAAGUCCAUGAGCCGCCGAGUGAUGGUUUUGUCCAGUUCACGUGCGCCAUGUACUAUGCUAACGAGACUCAUGUUCAUGCCUAUGACAUUUACAACGCACUUAACGACUUCCUUGUGACCCUUCCCCCGGAGUUUGGAGGCUACGUCAUUUCCACGGCUCCUGCACAGGCCAAUCCAACCUACAACACCUCUGCCUCCCCAGGUAUGAUCAUGGUCGCCUUUGAAAUCUGGGGCGGGCUGGAGAAGGCCAAGCCGUACCUCCAGAAGGUGAUGGACUUCCACCCGGAGUGGCACAUCAAGUGGCCGGGCACCUGUCAACCAAAUGUGUACAAGAAAUGGUGGGAUUACAGGCAGAAUAUUCACGACCGCGGCGGCUUUGGGCGCACCUAUUUAUGGGACUCGCUAUUGCAGGUGGACAGCUUCAAUGAUAACUUCACUCGGGUUAUGACCGAGGGGAUGGGCACUGCGUACCUGAAUAAGCUGGUGCCUACCUGUACUGGGACUUUAAUUGGCGGCAAGGUGACGGAGUUUCCGGCCGACUCUUCCUCAGUUGGCCCUGGCCUAAGGAACGGUCUGAUGGCUCUCUCCUGCGGUGUGUCCUGGCCCAACAGUCUCAGUUACCUUGACAACAUCAUCAUAUCACUGCUUCAGAAGUGGAAUCAGGAGCUCGUAAAACUCGGCCAAGGUGUCUACUACAAUGAACCGUCGUCCGUGCUGGCCAACUGGAAGGUGGAUUACUGGGGAGACAAAUAUCCCAGACUCCUAGCCAUCAAGAAGAAGUGGGAUCCAAACAACCGGUUUACCUGCUUGCACUGCGUGGGCUCUGAUGAAGCAGAGAAAGUUCCUGAGAGUAUUAUUGGCUAAAAGUUCCACCAAUUAAUUACGGCUGUAUACGGAAUCCCAAAACUGAGAUUCGUUUUAAAUCUACGUGAGCUGAAAUAACGGUUGAUUUCCGUGAGAUUUUAAUUAAAAUGUUUUAUGGUAAGAUUGCAUUUAUCUAAUGUAUUGAUUAACUGAUAAUCUAUAAAAUGCCCUUAGUUUCUUUUUAAGAUACAUGUACAGCACGAUACGUUAUUAAAAAUAUAAAAAGAAUCAUAUUCACGAUAGUUCACUUUGUCAUAAAGAUACCAGGAACAAUCAAUUUACGGACAGUGGAACAUAUGAUAAUAAUACAUAAUAACUUUAUUAUGGUAACAGUUUACUAGUACACGGGGGAUGUUUGGCUAGAGAUGGUCAUAAAUGCGUGUUGUGAAAUCCGCAAAGAAAAGAGGCGACCCGAAAAUGUACAAAGAAUUCUUAAUUCUUGGAGUCUUUUGCACUAAUGUGGCAAAAUCAUACCGAUAAUGAAACAAAUCAAGUGUUAUUCAUAUAUUUGGAAACUAUAUAAUAAAAGGAUUGUUUCAGUUUAA